AUGCUUUUGAUGCAAACCCCUCUCUUUACCGUUCAUCUCCUUUCUCUCUCCUUUCUCCUGCUGUGCAACCAGCUCAAGCUGUAACAUCACAUUGUCUCUUCUCGUCGUCUUCCUCUUCCUCUUUCCUCAAGAGGGCGCGCGCCUCCUAUGCAGGCGCCCACUCAUGGUCUUUCGGAUUCCGAGGCUAUCCUCAAAUUCAAGAAAUCUUUAGUUGUUGGGCAGGCAAAUGCGUUGGCCUCAUGGGAUGAUAAAACUCCUCCCUGCACUUGGGCUGGUGUCUUGUGCAAUAGAGGUUCUGUCUGGGGACUCCAGAUGGAGAGCUUGGAGCUUUCUGGUUCUAUAGACAUUGAUGCAUUGGCGGGUUUGACAUCGUUGAGGACAUUAAGCUUCAUGAACAACAAGUUUGGAGGACCAUUCCCAGAGUUCAAGAAACUCACUGCUCUGAAGUCACUUUAUCUGUCGAACAAUCAAUUCGGAGGAGAGAUACCAGGGAAUGCUUUUGAAGGUAUGGGGUGGUUGAAGAAGGUCUAUUUGGCACAAAACAAGUUUACUGGUGAAAUCCCGAUAUCUGUAGGCAAAUUGCCUAAGCUUUUAGAACUGAGACUUGACGGGAACGAAUUCACUGGACAAAUACCAGAGUUUGAACAUAAGCUCCACAUGUUAAACCUUUCAAACAAUGCAUUAACAGGUCUAGUCCCUGAGAGUCUCAGAAUGAUGGAUCCAAAGGUGUUUGAAGGUAACAAAGCUUUAUGUGGUGAACCGCUGGAAACAGUGUGCGACUCUGUGGUUAAUGAACUCCCACCACAACUUGAGGCACGACCCAAAUCAUCAUCAAUGACGCCUCUCGUUAUAACGUCAGUGGUCACAGCGCUGACAGUGGUCAUAAUCCUUGGAGCAAUCAUUUUUCUUAAUCGCAACUAUAUGAAUAAAAAACCACCUUUGGAAGCGGAAACCAGACCAUCAAGUCUACAGAAGAAAACCGGCAUCCGAGAAGCAGACAAAAACCAUAGAGAACAGAAACAAUCAAGCUACCGGAAUGGCUCAAGCACCGCUAAGAGGAUGGCUACAGCAGCUGGAGUGGAGAAUACAAAGCUUUCAUUCUUGAGGGAAGAUAGGGAAAAUUUUGACUUGCAAGAUCUGUUGAAGGCUUCGGCCGAGAUACUUGGAAGUGGAUGUUUUGGUGCAUCCUAUAAAGCAGUGUUAUCAAGCGGAGUAAUGAUGGUCGUGAAGAGGUUCAAGCAGAUGAAUAAUGCAGGGAGGGAUGAGUUUCAAGAGCACAUGAAGAGACUGGGGAGGUUAAAGCACCACAAUCUGCUUCCUAUUGUUGCUUAUUACUAUAGGAAAGAGGAAAAGCUAUUGGUAUGUGAUUUUGCUGAGAGAGGAAGCUUGGCUGUAAAUCUUCAUGGUAAUCAACCGUUAGGAAAACCAAGUUUGGAUUGGCCAACUAGAUUGAAGAUUGUGAAAGGAGUUUCCAGAGGACUGUUAUAUCUCCACCAAGAUCUACCUAGCCUAAUGGCUCCGCACGGUCAUCUCAAAUCCUCCAAUGUGCUCCUCACAAAAACGUUUGAACCUCUUCUCACAGACUAUGGCUUAAUACCAGUGAUCAACCAAUUGAAGGCACAAGAGCACAUGGUGGCCUAUAAAUCCCCAGAGUAUUUGCAACACCGACGUGUCACCAAGAAAACCGAUGUAUGGGGGCUUGGCAUACUCAUCUUGGAGAUCUUAACGGGAAAGUUCCCAGCCAAUUUCGUGCAAGGUGUUAACAAGAGCGAGGAUGAUUUAGUGAGUUGGGUGAACUUGGGUUUCAAAGGGGUAUGGGCACCGGGUAUGUUCGAUAAAGAAAUGGGAAAGACAAGCCAUAGUGAAGGACAGAUUCUCAGACUCUUGAAGAUCGGAUUGAGCUGUUGUGAACCGGACGUGGAGAAAAGGUUGGAGAUAGGAGAGGCAGUGGUGAGGAUUGAGGAGUUGAAGGACCGGGACGGGGAUGAUGACGAUUUCUACUCAACGUAUGUGAGUGAAACUGAUGGGAGGUCUUCUAAAGGAGUGUCAAGCGAGAGCAUCAACAUUUAGUAAGAAGAGACAAGAGGUCCCUUUUGUGCUGUAUAAAACAAGAUGCGAGUCUAUGGAUGUGUGGACAUUGUACCUGUAGAACUGAAGUAGAUGAAAGCUGGAUCUGUGUUAUAGCGUAUAAUGUAUCUGCAACAAACAUGAUACACAAAUGCAUGAAUACUACAAUUGUC